AUGGCCCCCGUAAAGCAACUUGUUGCGCUGCGCCGAAAGGCCGGUCUGACAAAAGAGGAAUACUGUGAUUAUCACUAUCAAAAGCACGGUGCUGUCAGUACUGCGCCGACUGCCACCGAGACUCCUAGGAAAUACUUCCAGACCCAUUUCAUUGACGCAGCAUAUCACGCGGACCCAACCCAGCACGUUCCCAAUGCCCACCCACCGUGGGCGUUCAGUGAUGGUGUGACGGAGCUGUAUUUCGACUCACCAGAACACCUGAAGCAUGUCUUCCAGUCGGAGUGGGUAGCCCAGAAAGUGGGACCCGAUGGCGCAAACUUUUCGGACUUCAGCGCAGUCCUUCCGAUGUUUGUGAGAGAGGAUACGGUUCCCUUAUCCAUUGCCUCUGCCUCUGCCUCCGAAACACACCAGCUGAAAGGGAAUGCCUUCGUCGCCAUGUAUUUCGUUGCACUACACAGUCCGAGGAAGGCCUCGGAAACAGUAAUCUCGGAGCUGGUAUCGUGUAUAGAUUGCCAUGCAUCACAGGAUGUGCUGGCAAUGCUUGUGAACACACCUGAUGAUACUGACUUUGACCUGGGUUCUUAUUUUGGGGGGGAGCCUCCGGUUAGCUUUCAAUUUAUCUUCACGAUGACGUUGCGUGGUAAAGAAUCGAUCAGUGCCAUCCGCAAAGCCCAGGAGGACUUUGAAGAAAGGGUCCAGUCUCUUGAUCUGCCAGCUACAUGGAUUGGCUUUGGAGAACGAGCCGUAGUGCUAGACCAGACCGAGAAUAUCAAAGUAAGCCGGACCCUCGUCCUGUGUCAUCCCACAGAGCUACAGCUAAUCACGAAGUUGAAGUUUGACCCAAGACGGCAACCUUUCAAGAGGUCUAUAUAA